UUGCAACAACUCUCUUUUUCUGUACCAAAUCGAAGACAGGGAGUUGAUUUGUUGCAACAAAUAUAAUAUACACAAUAUCCUUUUAGACAACCUAAGACUUGAAAAUCCCAUGAUGUUUAGUUUAACAACCCUAAUUUCAUAAUGCCUAACCAAAUCCCCUGCUAUUAAAGUUCUUCCAAUUUUCCAUUAUCAAUCAAAGAAGGGCUUCUUGUUGACUCCCUGACCUAAUCUAACCCAAUCAACCUAGCCUUUUCUUCUCUUUUAAUAAAAGCAUUUGGCCAAUGACCAUGAAACAAACAAUUUUUUAACUGAACCUCAAUCUCCCAGAAGUUUUAUUAAACCUAACUACAUCAGUAUAUAUAGAGCUACUCAGCCAUGCAACAUUCACCACCUCUUUUGAUUAUCUAGUAUAGCAAACCAGAAGAACAUAAUACAAUGCAGGGUCUAAAGGGCGGCCUUUUGCUAAUCAGCAUUGCAGCAUUGCUUAGCUUUUCUGUAGUAACAUUUGCACAUCCAGCUGGAGAGACUCACUACCAUGAUUUCGUUAUUGAAGCAAAGCCAGUGAAGAGGUUGUGCAGAACACAUAACAUAAUCACAGUGAACGGGAAAUUCCCAGGACCAACCCUGAAUGUGCGAAAUGGAGAUACUCUUGUCAUCAAAGCCACAAAUAGAGCUCGCUACAAUGUCACCCUUCACUGGUAAUUAUAACGAACUGUAAAAGUAAGCUAUCUUUUGUUUCAAUCUUCUACACAAAUUUGCAAGUAAGGAUAAUGAACACUUUAUGUCGCUUGUCAGGCAUGGGAUUCGCCAAUUAGGGACACCAUGGGCCGACGGUCCUGAGUAUGUAACUCAGUGCCCUAUCCAACCAGGAGCAACGUAUACUUACCGUUUCACCAUUAUAAAUCAAGAGGGUACCUUGUGGUGGCAUGCUCACAGCAAAUGGCUCAGAGCAACUGUCUAUGGAGCCCUCGUCAUCCGGCCAAAGGUUGGGUCUCCAUACCCUUUUCCACAGCCCACGCGUGAAGUUCCUAUCGUUCUUGGAGAAUGGUGGAAUAGAGAUAUAAUCAGUAUCCUGAGACAGACAAUUUUUACUGGAGCUGCCCCAAAUGUAUCAGAUGCUUAUACCAUCAAUGGGCAACCUGGUGACCUUUAUCCUUGUUCCAGUAAAGGUACCUUUAAGAUCCAUGUGAACUCAGGAGAAACGGUUCUUCUGAGAGUCAUCAAUGCUGCGCUGAAUCAACAACUCUUCUUCACGGUCGCCAACCACCAGCUAACGGUUGUAGCAGCUGAUGCUGUUUACCACAAGCAGUUUGCAACCCGAGUUAUCAUGGUUGGACCUGGACAAACCACCGACGUUCUUCUCACUGCCAAUCAACCUCCGGCAAGGUACUACAUGGCCGCGCGUGCUUAUGCAACAGCACAAAACGCUCCAUUCGACAACACCACAACCACUGCUAUUCUUGAAUACAAUACAGCCACAGGAGGAUCCUCUGCCUCAAGACCUCUGUUGCCUCAAUUGCCUGCAUUCAACGACACAAAUACUGCAACUGUCUUUGAAAACCAACUAAGGAGCAUUCCUUCAGUAGAGUCAAAAGUCCCCUUGAAGAUUGAUCAUAGCCUAUUCUUCACUGUAGGAUUAGGCUUUGUAAAUUGCAAUCCAGGACCUAGAUGUCAAGGGCCGAAUAAUACGAGGUUUGCAGCCAGCAUGAACAAUGUAUCAUUCGUGCUCCCGAGGAGGGCUUCCUUACUGCAAGCAUACUACAACAACAUCCCUGGGAUCUUCACAACAGACUUCCCUCCUGUUCCACCUGUCCAAUUUAACUACACUGGCAAUGUUCCCCGGGCAUUAUGGCAACCUCGAUUCGGGACAAAACUGUACAAACUGAAAUUCGGCGAAACCGUGCAGAUUGUGCUGCAAGACACGGGCAUCUUCUCCACAGAAGACCAUCCCAUUCAUCUUCAUGGAUACCAUUUCUACGUGGUAGCACAGGGAUUCGGGAACUUCAACCCACAAACAGAUCCUCAAAGAUUCAACCUUUUUGAUCCACCUUCAAGGAAUACCAUUGAUGUUCCAGUUGGGGGAUGGGCUGUGAUCCGAUUCGUGGCGGAUAAUCCAGGAGUUUGGCUGUUCCACUGUCACAUAGAUGCUCAUCUGGCUUGGGGAUUGGGAAUGGCAUUCUUGGUUGAAAAUGGGAUAGGGGAAUACGAGACAGUUACGCCUCCACCGGCUGAUCUUCCUCGAUGCUAGGACCUUUAGAUUCUUCUAUUUCAAUCAUCAAAAUUGAUUCUUUGUCCUCUAUUGCUUUUUGCAAUUUCCAGUUAAGAUUUGUUUUGGUGCUGUCAGAUCAUGUUUUUGCUACACUUAGCACUCUGACAGCAUGAUUUCUGUAUCUAAUGGUUUCCUCUAAAAGAGAAAGAUCAUUAGCAUGUGAUCAUGAUCCUGUAUUCCAUCAUUUUAAAUUAAUGAAUUUUGUUAUUUUCAAUGUUGAGUGUUUUUC